AUGCAGGCCUUUACAAGUAUAAGGAAUAUUAUAUUUAUAAUAAGUGGCGGUGUUUUAACAUUUGUGAUAUUAUUUAUUUUUGCGAAAAGGCAAAUUACUAGAUUUGCUCUAAGGUCUCGUAGAGGGCCUCAUAUACCAAUUGGUGCGGAUGCGAAAAAGAGUUUGAAGAAAGAGAUAGAAAGACGUAUAGAAGCAGUUCCUCGCAUAGUGACAGAACCUCGUCUCCUGAGCGCGGAGCCAUCGCACUACAUCCUAGAGCCGCAGCAGCCUUACCACUACAGAUUCCGAGCAGUGGAUGAUGUUAAGACUUUAGAAGAAGAAAUAGCCCGUCAGGACCCAGGAUUGCGUCGUCGUCCGCGUGAAUCGCUGCGCUCUUUCCUGCUGUCAUCUCUAGCAGCACCACUGGACGGCCGCGGACAGAAGCUGGUGCAUCAGUUCUGUGAUACAUAUGAGUGUGCCCGACAUCAUCCCGCUGAGUUUGGGGAUGAUGAGUACAGAGCUUAUUCGAGAUUGCUGUUGAAGUUAUUGGAUGCCGCUCGGCUGCUGAAGAGCGUGGGCGCGUGCCGCGGCUCGCCGCGCGACAGCCCGCAGCGGCGGCCGGCGCGCCUGCUGCGCCCCGCCGCCAAGCUGCCCGCCGUGCUGCACAACCACUACACCGCGCUAGAGAACAUGCCGGUGGAGUCAAAAAUGGAGGAUGAGAUAAUCCGUGUGCCGGUGCGGAGCCCCACAGAGCCCGCGGCGAAGCCCCCGCCCGACGAGACCGCCGUGUGAGCCCGGCGCGCCCGCCACGACGCCAAGACGCUCUGACGUGGUGCGGCACAGCACAGAACAGAAUACAAACUGGACAUCUAGAAGGAAAUAGUGAUAUAGUGACGUUUGUGAUAGUGUUUUCAAAUAUUAGUGAAGAAGAGAAUUAGAGAUUAAAUAAAUUUAUUUACUUUUUUAAUGUAUGUCCAUGCUGUGUAUAUUCGAUUCAAUUUUUUAUUUAAUCCACUUUUCCUAAUUGUAUAUAUUUUCAAUAAGAAACUGUUGUGUGUUUGUAUAUAUGUGUAAAAUAACAAAUAAACUUACUUUUUUAAUGUAUGUCCAUACUGUGUACAUUCGAAUUAAUUUUAUAGUCUGUGGUAAUUACGAUUGUCAACUGUCAGUGAAAAAUGGGCGCGUCUUGUAAUAAGAAGACUGGAAGAAACCAUUUGCGCAUUGCUACACUCACGCACGAAAUCACUAGGCGUUUCACUUUUAUUUUAUUUAUUACAAACAUAGAUAUUAGAUACAAUAUCAUAAAAAAAAUGAUGAAAAAAUAUAAUAAAGAACAACGACUAUUUGACUAAUUAUGCAAAGUUUAAUUAAAUAGAAACAGUAAAUUAUGAUCUUUUCCCAUACAGAAACUUUUUACACGAUGAACACGGCCGGGUAAAAAUUUUCAUUGGCAACACUGGCCGGGAAACUUGCCGCGCGUCUCACCUCAUCACCUAAUACACCAAUAAAUCGUCCAAUGCCCAGUUGCCGUUAGUUCUUUUUACAUGACGCGAACUAUAGUAUUUAUGUGUGAAGUUAGUGAUUAAUAGAUACAUGUUUCAUCUUAAUAAAUGAAAAAUCUAC